GUCAAAUUCGCGGACGAUGCGACGCCAAAGAACGUACGACAUGACACAUUGCACGCAUCGUGAACAUCAUCUUCGAACGCUCCAUCCAACGACAAAAUGGCAUUUGCCGCGCCUGCUCUCCAACCUGAACAUGGCUAUGUGAUCCUUGUCGUGGUCCUCGUGGCGGCUGUCCACGUGUGGGCCGGGAUGCGCGUUUUCGCCGCGCGUCGUCUGUACGGCAUUGCGUAUCCCCAGAUGUAUGCGGAAACCAAGCACGAGCACUUUUUGGCGUUCAACUGCGUUCAACGCGCUCACCAAAACGUGGUGGAGAACCUCCCUGUCUUCCUCUCGCUAUUGUUUGCUUCGUCUGUGUACCGUCCGCUUGCCGCUGCGAUUGCUGGUCUCAUUCGCGUGCUUGGCUUCGUAGCCUACGUCCACUUUUAUUCAUCGGGCGACCCGGCCAAGCGCCAAUACGGAUCCUUUGGCAACAUUGGCAUGCUCAUCCUACUCGGUUUGACCUUUGAAGCUGCAUACCGCCUCAUUUCUGCUUAACACAAUCACGCAUGAAUAUCACGACUGCUUUGUUUCGUUGCGCUACCAGAAUGACGAGAGGUCCAGAGUACAAAUGAUCAUUUCCAGUUCAAAUGCGCACAA